AUGAUUGCCCGUAACCUUUCUCGAACGCUCCUCCGAGCAGCUCCUCGCGCCCCCACCACCGCUGCUAGGGCUGCCAUUCUCCCUCGCUUCACCCCCGUUAUCGCCCCCACCUUCCGCACCUUCUUCACCACCCCCACUCCCCGAGGCUCAGGCGAAACAGACCUCGAGCUCUCGGCCAAACUCGCUCAAGAACUUUCUUACGAAAAAGAAAACUCGGACCUCUUCACCUCCUCCUCGUCCGACUCGCCCUCUGCCGAACCUGGAUUCGUAACCGAAUUCAAACAGGCCGGAAUCUGGAAGAUCACCGACAAAGCCAUGGUCGAUGAAGUGAUCCUUUCCCGCGAUUUCGGUAACGAACACAUCGAAGUCAUGUUCAGCGUCGGUGAAAUCGAUACCUCAGGCCCCCUCCCCUCCGAAGAAGAUGUCGAUGAGGCACCCGCUCCCGAAGAAGAGAGUGAAGAUGGAGCGACUCAAUUCCCGGUUCGAAUUUCAGCUACGAUUACAAAGCCGACGGAUGGUGCGUUGAUGAUAGAUGCGUUUGUACAGGAUGGUGAGGUGCACGUGGAUAAUAUUGCGUAUUAUAAGGAUAAGGAACUGGCGACCAAGAUCGAUGCAGAUGCAGACUUUGCUAGGAAGGCAGUGUAUCUGGGUCCGACUUUUGAGACUCUGGAUGACGGUUUGCAGGAACAGUUUAGAGCUUUCUUGGCGGAAAGGGGGGUAGAUGCGAACCUGGCAUUGUUCGUGCCGAAUUAUGCCGAGUAUAAGGAACAGAGAGAGUACUGUGCCUGGUUGGGACAUGUUAGGCAGUUUAUUGAUGCCUGA